GCGUCAGCGCAGCUCGCCUCUUUCGGUUUUGGAGGUUCAAGCGAAGUAAGCGAUUUAAUAACAUACGCAGAUUAUUUAAGCAUGGAUAAAUUCGGUUUUGUCGUCUUUUACUUACUGUUACAUCAAGGCCACCUACGCAGUCUGCCCGAGGAAGACUCGGUGGUUAGCGUAUACACCAAGGAAGCAGCACCAGGUGUAGACGUCUACCAUCAGAUCGCGAAUAAUAUUGCUGAGAGGAUCACAUCACCAAUUUACAGGUUCCUAGGUUACAAUCGCACUACUCCCGCUCCAGAAACGACAACAAAACACAACUGGGACAAAAUAGAAAUCUUAGAAACUCAACACGCGAAAUCUUUUCCGCCUGUGAACAACGAUAUAGGAGAAAAAGACGUUGAAGAAUUAUCUGAAGAUGUGCAGAAGAAAACAGACAGAAAACCGGAGAAAUUUACGCUAUAUUCUAAUUACUUGCCUCUUGGUAAGUUAGAGUUUGAUAGUCAUAAUGAUACUAAAGAUGAUGAUGAUGAUUUUGGUUUCGAUGAUGUAGAAAGUGAUGAAGAUGUUAAGCCACGUCAAGGGCCAUUUACAUUCGUUUUGGAGCUGAUGUCCAGUUUGAUACAGUUAAUAUAUGGUGGGUUUGUAGCGCUAUUUCAGAGGAGACCUGCACAAACUAGUUAGGUAUUUUUUUCGAUAAUACGUAAUAUUAAUUAUUGUUUAAUAUAAAAAAGAAAUUCUAAGCUAGCAGAACAUCGUUUCAGCGAGUUCAUGGAUUUUUAAAUUCAUGCAAUUUAAAAACCGUAAAUUGCAAUUCAUAUAACAUAAUUGAGACUGUAGAAAAACAUAUUUAUAGAUCGUUUCAUACUCUUAACUUGAAAUCCAAGACAGAUGGCGCUUUAUUAAAAAUAUAUAACUGUAUUUUUAAUAAAUAGCUAAUAUAUAAAAUCUGAAUUAAAAUUAAAGUGCAGGCCAUAUAUUCGACGUU